AGAGUGGGAAGAUUAGCAAUACCCAGGCAGUUUUGGGAUACGGGAUGCUGUCUAUCAAAGAGACAAGCCUAAUAUUCUGGAAAUCAUUUAUUGUUGGAAACCAGAAGCUGGAUGUGAACUAGGUCCCUCCCUGCACACCCAUACCUACCCACACUCCGGGGAGUAUAAUGUGGCUGUUUCUCUAGAUAUAGAGGAAUUGAUGUUUUUUUUCUAGCAUGGCUUUAAUUUUAUUUUCUUGUUUACUUGUCUGUGUGACUGAAGGAAAUGAAGAGUAAAGAUGGGAGCUGAUAUAGUCAAACUGAUUUACCCUUGUUUGUACUGUGGAUCAGGAGUUGAUACAGAAGCUCAUUCAAUUUCACUAAUGAUUAGUUAGUAUUUUUAUAACAACAUAAUCAGUAGGUACUGAAGCUUUGCUGUGAAUAAAAGCAAAGUGAGUGGGAGAGAAUCGCAGGAGAUCUGGACACCCCUCCCUCCACACCGUCCUUGGACCCUCUGUUUCUUGCCAUAUGGAGGACUAAAGAAUAUUAAUAUUCAUUAGAAGCUGUCAGUUUUGGCCACCUGCUAUGUGUUUCUGAAUCAUAAUACUGUAGAAAGCAUUACUGCACCUGGCAGGAGUCUAUGGAAUCCAAUUAACAGGUUUAAGGGGUUAGAGUAUGAGAUGUUACAGCUUAGCUGGCUGCAACCCAGCCUGGUUACUAGAGUACGUGGGUGAGGGACCAUUGCAGCUCAUCCUGACAGUGAUGUCAUUAAUAUGGAAAAGUGUCUGUGGUGAGCUUGGCCUCUUCUUGAGGCAUCUUAGUACAAGGAAAUAUAGCAGAUAUAGCAACAUGAAUCUACUGAAGGGUUUGUGAUGUUGUGCUCCAUAUGUUUAUGGAAAUAUGCUUAUGAGUGUAAAUAUAAUGUAACUGGAAUAUGCUUGAUGCAAAAGAUCUUUUGUAAGUUAUCAUUACGAAGCUUAUGAUCUACCGAGUGUGUUCAUGUAUUAUUUCUAUGUCUGGAUUUAGGAGAAUAAGAUGUAAACUUCUAUUACUAACUGUAAACAUAAGUGGACGCCAUUAAGGGUGCUUCAGAAUCCAUGAACUGUGAAUGCGUUUGUUUACCUGCAAGCCUGUCUAUGUGCAUAUCUUCCAGCUACUGGGCUAUGAAGAUCACAUGUCACUGUAAAACCUCCUUCAUGUCAUCUGAACUGGAAUUCAUCUUAAACCUGGUGCUUUUCCAUUUAGAAGGAGGGAUGGAGGUCCAGAGAGACAAAAGAUUCCCGCCUUGUGCCAAAGCUAUAAAAGGGAGUGGAACAGAACAAAGGGGGCUGCCAGUCAUGAGAAAUCCCUGAGUUACUACCUGAGCUGGAACAAGGACUGUACCGGGGACAGGACUGGACCCAGACUAAGAAGGAGUCUAGUUUGUGAAAGACGAUUAUUGGAACAUCUCUGAGGGCAUUGGAAAAAAUGUUAUCUGUGACCGAACAGCAACUCCCCUGGAUGCCUUUAGGAUGAUGUCUGCAGCGCAUUAUUACCCCAAGCUCAUGAGCAUCAUGGGGAACGUUCUCCGCUUCCUGCCUGCCUUUGUGAAGAUGAAGCAGCUGAUUCAGGAGGGCUAUGUGGGGGAGCUGCUGGUGUGUGAGGUGCAGGUGCACAGCGGAAGUCUGCUGGGCAAGAAGUACAAUUGGAGCUGUGAUGACCUGAUGGGGGGCGGGGGUUUGCACUCGGUCGGUACCUAUAUCAUCGACCUCUUGACCUUCCUCACCAGCCAGAAGGCUGCGAAAGUGCAUGGGCUGCUCAAGACCUUUGUGAAACAGACUGACCACAUCAAGGGAAUACGUCAGAUUACCAGUGAUGACUUUUGCACGUUUCAGAUGGUUCUGGAAGGAGGGGUGUGCUGCACUGUCACCCUCAACUUCAAUGUCCCUGGGGAAUUCAAACAGGAUAUUAUUAUGGUAGGUUCAACUGGACGACUGAUUGUAAUAGGCACUGAUCUGUAUGGGCAGAGAAACAGCUCUCCUCAAAGAGAGCUCCUUCUAAAGGACUCUAUGCCAGUCAGCAACUCCUUACUGCCUGAGAAGGCCUUCAGUGAUAUCCCAUCCCCAUACCUUCAGGGCACUAUUAAGAUGGUGCAGGCCAUCCGACAAGCGUUUGAGGACCAGGAUGACAGGAGAACCUGGGAUGGGAGGCCCCUCACCAUGGCUGCGACUUUCGAUGACUGCCUGUAUGCCUUGUGCGUAGUGGACACCAUUAAAAAGUCAAACCAACUAGGGGAAUGGCAGAACAUUGCAAUCAUGACAGAAGAGCCAGAGCUGAGCCCUGCAUACCUGAUCAGUGAAGCCAUGCGUAGGAGCAGAAUGUCUCUGUACUGCUAGCUUCACUCAGCUCUUAAAAAGGAAUGGAAACAACACAGCUCUUAAAGAAUAAUUCAGACAGCAUAAGGAUUUGGACAUAUAAAAGUUUGACAAAUUUGGUGUUUAAACCAACUAAACUAGUUGGUGGCUCUAUAUUACGGUGAUGGGCGCAUUAGAAAUGCCUAAGCUAGACAGCUGGAAAUGAGAAUUGUUUAAGGGCUGACCUAAAUAACUUGUGCUAACUGUUUAGCAGCAGUAUUAACUGGCUGGAUAGCAAGAUAUCAUGGAAUCAGUCUCCUGCAUGGAAGUGCUUAGCUGAUCCAGUUGUGCUUACUGUGAAAGUUCAGGAAGGUCCUUUUAGACUUACCUGUCCUGCCAGAGGGCUGUGAAGGCUCUGUCAUGUCAGAAAGUCUCCUGUGGCAUCUGAUGUGAAGAGUUCCUACCAUGCCAGCUGACAACGCCACACUGUACUACUACAUUACUAACCAGUAUGUAGAAUAAUAAGACUUGGUGUGACCAAGUGUCAUGUGACCUGGACACACUUGGCAGCUCAAUUUUCAUAGUUUAUUCUGAGGGGGGGGAGUUGUUGUUGUUUUUUUUUUUUAAACUACAAUUAAGUAGGGAACAUUGUGGCUUUUGUAAACAAGUCGGUCUCCAACAGCAGCUCAUAUAACUAGGGGGUGGGGAUGGGGAAAGCAUUCUACAAACUCAUGUUGAGUUUCAAUGUUAGCUGUACAGAUGUGCUCAUAAAGAAGGUUUGUGCAAAACCUUCAUCAGCAAAAUCCAGGCCACGUGACACUCUCCUGAUUUGGGGUUUUUACACAGCCAAAACUUGGACCAGGGUUUACACACUUUUUUUUUUUCCCUGUGAGCCUGGGAUUGAGUUCUGAGUGAACUGGGCUUGAAUUGUGGCAGAGAAUGUACAAAACUAAGUGGGCUUUUACCCAAAAGCUAUGUUUUGAGUUUUUGUGUUCUUUUACAUGCAUGUGAACCUCAACCUAAAAGAAGAAAUCUGCACCAGCCACCAAAUUCCCCGUUGCUCAGCCCAGAAGCUUUCAGCUCCUGAAGAUGGAAGGUCUGAAUGAUAAGCCACAAAGAAUGAGAAAAAUUCUUAUAGAUUUUCAGGGAAAAAAGCAAAAACCUCCUUAAUUGCCUAAAGUCAGCAGCCACUGGUACUGUGCUGACUGUUCUGCAGGAACAAACAAAUGGUCUCUGGUUUACUUAUCCCUCUUGUCUUUAAUGUGUUAGGCCCUGCUCUUGCAAACAUUUUAUGCGGAUGCUUGGGAGUUGUCCUGGUGAGCUCUGUGGGGCUCCUCUUAUGCAUUAAGCUACUCACAUGUUCACGAGUUUGCAGCAUCGGGGCUGCAGCUAUGAAAAAUAACACAAUAAAAUGUAAUCCCGAAAAGAAUACAAAACAAAAUUGCAUUUGUCUUAAACUGUAGCAAAACAACUUGUUUUGGUUAAUCUGAUUGGGCGGCCGGGGCGGGGGGAGGGGGAGAGGGAGGGGAGAGAGGACCUCUUAGGGCUUGGCUACACUGGAGAGUUGCAGCACUGGUGGUGGGUUUACAGUGCUGCAACUUAGUAACUGUCCACACCUGCAAGGCACAUCCAGCGCUGCAACUCUCUGGCUGCAGCGCUGGCUGUACACCUGGUAUGCUUGGGGUGUAACGAUUGCAGCGCUGGUGAUGCAGCGCUGCUCAUCAAGUGUGGCCACCAAAAGGGCUGUUAUUGGCCUCCAGGGUAUUAGGAGGUAUCCCAGAAUGCCUGCUCACAACAAACCGGAAGAAUGGCUGAACUCCGAGCUCCCUCAAACUGCUUAUUUAAAAAACAAACACAGCUCCUGUUUCCUGAGCGAGCGGAGGCAGGCAGGGGAAUUGCUUUGGAAUGUUCACAGCUGUUUGCUUGAAGAGAGAAAAGGCACGCUCACGUGGCAGAGGGGGAGGGGGAAGUCCGUGUUGAGCAGCUGCUUAUGUGGUCUGCAGGCUAUUUAGGAGUGCAUAAUUUGCAUUUAGUGAAUAAGAGAGGGGUGGGGGAAGGGGUCAAAACUUUUAAAAUGAUUGAAGGUAGGUGCUGUGUGUCUUCCAGUCCUUAGAACUUGCAAGGCAGGGAGCUGAGAACAGUGUUAGCUCCAGAAAUCCACUCUCUCUGUCUCCCCCAUGCUCCCUGUCACACUCCACCCCACCCCCCCUGUUUUGAAAAGCACGUUGCAGCCACUUGAAUGCUGGGAUAGCUGCCCACAAUGCACCACUCCCAACAGCGCUGCAAAUGCUGCAAAUGUGGCCACACUGCAGCGCUGGUAGCUGUCAAUGUGGCCACACUGCAGCGCUUUCCCUACACAGCUGUAUGAAGACAGCUGUAACUCCCAGCGCUGUACAACCUGUAAGUGUAGCCAUACCCUUAGAAGAUAUAUGCUUGCUCUAAGGAUUGAGAGAGAAAUUUUGAAUCUUUUUGUCAGGGACACCAGGUUAGUAUACUAAUUAAUUGUUUAAAUUACAAAAAUUAUGACUCUCUUUUUAAAUUAAAAAAAAAAUGUUUACUGCUCUGUCAUCUUUAGGAGUGCUUAGAGCUCCCUUAGGAAUCCUGCUACUGGCCUCUACCUUAUUACCUUGUUCUCUUGACUGCUAUGGUCUAGGCUUUAGUGCUGCAUUUACUGAACUGGGAGAGUAAUGCUCAGUACAAAUUUUAUUUGAAAAAAUAUGUAAAAUCCUAGAUAUUUGUGAACUUUCACGACUUCUUUACUGAGAUCUUUAAAUAGUGUGAAUGAUGGAGGAAAAGGGUCAUAAUAUUUGUUUAAAUAAUAUUGUGAAAUGAAUCAGACUAUUGGAUGAUUACUAUUUGACCAGCUCUAGCAAUUAUAUCUGUUGUUUACUGCUUCUGUUAGGGCCUUGGGCAAGGAUGCAGGGCUUUUCCUGCUAGGGUCUCAAAUUUCUAUUUUUUUCCCCAAUUGUUUAAAAUUAUUCUUUGGAAAAUAAUUGUCAAUGAAGCAAUUAAGCAAAUAGGAAAUAGCCAAGAUUACAAUCAUUGUUGCAUACAACACUAUUCCUUUAUUUAAAUAAACCCACUAUCUUUCACACUCUCACACACACACACAACCCCACUAGAGGGACAGUCGGAUCAAAAACUAAAUCUCUCUUAGCAAAAGAAUGAUAUUAAUCAGAGAGGGUCAAGAGACAUAUAUUGACUUUUUUUUAAUUUAAUUUUUUUAAUGCAGUAUGGUGUAAUCUUACUGAGGACAAAGGUAGAGUCAUGGAUGCAGGAUAAAGUGGAUGACUAAGGGAGAGAAAAAUCAAUGGCAGGGAGCAAGUCUGAUAAAAGAAAACACCAUCCCAAACUGUAGCCCCAAACCUGAAUUAAAUCUGAACCAAAAUAUUUUUUCGUUUAUCUUCAUUUAUUAUUUGCAUUGCAGUAGGGUUACAGAGCUCCAGUCGUGGACCAGGACCCCAUUGUGCCAGGUGCUGCACAAAAUGUAAUAUCUUUGCCAUCUAUAUUUUUAACGUUUGUGCCUCUCUGCAGUUUUAUAGUUCUGGCUGAAAGCAUAAGUGCUGGAAUCCUGGGCCUUGUUCCUGCAGUGAGCUCCAUGCAGGCAGAACACAGAGUCGUAUUGAAUUCAGUUUUUCUGGACCUGAGCUGAAAGCUUUCAGGUGGGUGUGCAUCACCCUUCCUCUCCUUAGCCUUAUUGGUUUGGAUACUGCAAUUUGCAGAGUUUAACUCUUAACUGGGGUACAACUGGUGACUGCCUGCAGUCAGGAUUAAAUGAAGUUUUUUGUACUUUCCAGGAUGUAAGGUGAGAUGAAAUACUGCUAUCUGGGCAAGGUUUUGGUAGCAUCAGAUGCAAAUAUAUUAAACUGCCAUCUGAAUUAAAGGAACAAGUGACUAGUUUAUUUGUAGAAUGUGUCAUAAUAUUCCAAUAAAAUUAUGACUUACUCUAUGCUAGGGCUAUUUAGAUUUGCAGUAUCAAGCCCUCAUUAUUUUGGGGACCGUUUGAAGUACGUUGAGCAGAAUGCUGCAGAUGGCCCCUGGAGUUCACAUCACAGUUAAGAAUUUGGCCAGUGGUUGAAAAGGGUUUACAUUAUUUAAUUUAAAAGAAUCUCUGGUACUGUACCAAUGUAUUUGGAAUAGCAGUUUUAAUGCUACUCUUUCUCUAGUGCAGGAGUGGGCAAACUUUUUGGCCCAAGGACCACAUCGGGGUUGCAAAACUGUAUGGAGGGCCGGGUAGGGAAGGCUGUGUCUCCCCAAACAGCCUGGCCCCUGCCCCCCAUCUGCCCACUCCCAUUUCCCGCCCCCUGACUGCGCCUCUCAGAACCCCAACCCAUCCAACCCCCCCGCUCCUUGUCCCCUGACCAACCCCUGCCCCUAACUGUCCCCCAGGGACCCAACCCUCUAGUCAACACCCCCUGUUCCGACUGCCCCGACCCUUAUCCAUACCCCUGCCCCCUGAUAGGCCCCCUGGGACUCGCAAGCCUAGCCAAACCCCGCCCCCGUUCCCCAUCCCCUGAACGCCCUCCCUUCCCUCAGAACCUCUGCCCCAUCCAACCGCUUCCUGUCCCCUGACUGCCCCUUGGGACCCCCCCACUCCCUGCCCCUUUAGCAUGCUGGAUCCAGCCACGCCGCUGCGCUGCCCAGCAGGUGCGGCAGGCCAGAGCGCUGGUAGCGCGGCACUCUGAGGCUGCGGG